CAAAGAGGAAACGCUCGGCCACAAGCACGCGUUACAAGACAGGAGCGUGAACGGGUUCAGGCGCAAAAGCUCACCAAGCACUCCUUCAUUUGUUGCAAGAAUGAAUUAAUAUGCACACGUGUUAAUUAUUUUGUUUAGCUGACUUUGGGGGCAGGGCGAGUUCAAUGGGAACCAUCGCAAUGAGGGCGGGGCUCGCUCAAUACCUCUCAGCAGCCCGCCUUGGCCCCUUCUCUUCACUCCGUGCUUUCAAGGCAGCUGAAAGAUGGACGCCCCGGCCAAGCUCGCUAUUGUCAUGAAGGUCAUCGGCCGCACUGGCUCGCGUGGCCAGGUGACCCAGGUGCGCGUCAAGUUCCUGGACGACCAGAACCGCCUGAUCAUGCGCAACGUGAAGGGCCCCGUCCGCGAGGGCGACAUCCUGACUCUGCUGGAGUCUGAGCGUGAGGCCCGCCGCCUGCGGUAAAUGCAGCAGCUUCAGAGGUUGCUGCCUUUUAGCAGGAGAUAGAGUGUAACCGUGGCGUAUAACACUUUGGACUCGCUGUCUCUCUGUCCGUCUCUGCCGUAAGCUGUACAGCAGCACUGGCCAGUACCUGCAGCAUCAGCGAAGCUCUAGCUGCCUACAGUCAGGCAGCUUCUGCGAGCAGCUCAGGCAGGCAGUGCGCGAUUCGCUCUGGCGCUUGUGUUCAGGAGCAGCAGUGGGAAAUGAUGCAGCUGUGGCUACACAGCAGCCAGGUACAAUGUGGCGAGUGGGGUGUGGAGCGCCGAAUCGGACGGGCAUGGCUGGUGAGCGGAUAGGCGUGGAUCGGGUCAUGGCUGUCGGGUUGCCCUUCGGGUAGUUGGCGUUGUGCGGGGGGGCGCGAUCAGGCAAUGCACGGGCGUCAGCACGGCGUUGCCGGAGGCUUCAGGAGCUGCAGCUGGCGCUGCUGCGGGCGUGCGCCUCUUAAAGAGCGCCGCAGCUGUGGGCGCUGCUCACUGGAACAGCCGCGGGGGGGGGGGGCGCCGAGCGUGAUGGGCCAGCGGUAUGACGUGCAAAGCGGGUGCGCGGGCAAGCUAUGUCGCACUUGACCGCAUUGAUGCUGGCCUCGUUGUGGGCAUGGACAUGAUUUGGCAGUGCCGUCCAUGCUCUUCGUUUGCUGCGCACUGUUGUCGGUUGCUUUUUAGGUGUUAGCCGUUUACUCUUAGUGCAAGGAGGGUUGAGGUCGUGAAUGCACGGGGGCUUCGGUGUGUUGGGUGUGAUGCAGGUCAGGAUAGCGCUGGUCUGGCGAGUGGAGCGGGCGGAGGGGGAAUGGGGGGCGGGUUCUGUCAGCAGCCAGCAGUUCUUGCGCAGCUAUUUCAUCUUUCACCUUGCAGUGAGAAAGCUCAGUUUGAUAACAGCUCAACAGAGAAGACCACAACAGCUCACGAUUCAUGCAAACGAGCUCGGUUGGAA